GUUAGAAAAACAAGCGUAUCUCGCGUUCUCUCAUCCCUUUGCUGGUGUGUGUGCGCGCAUGCGCUCAUCGCCAAGCUCGACACGACAGACAGAUGAGUUUUGCUCGACGAAAACUUCAGUUGUGAUGCGGGUUGCAUAGGCUGCAGGGGAUUUAUCGCGCCGCGGUCCGUUCGUCCGGGAAGUUAGUACAUCAGCAGCUCUAGUGUGGUGGUGGCAAUGUGUGGCAUCGACAGGCUGUUGUACCCAACCGAUUCGCACACGAUAAGUGAGUGAAAGUUCUGAUACAAAGAAAAAAGCUGUGAAAAUGUGAUAUUCUUUCCCCACAACAAAAAAGCGAAUGGAACGGUUCGGGCUCAAGCUUAGCGUGUGUGUGUGUGUGCGUGUCCGUGUACCUAAAUGUGUGCUAUAAAAUAUAUAAUCCCAUCAUCCCUCGUUUGGUGUAGUUCGGUCGACAGCGAGUGUUCCGGCGCCACGUUCCUACAGCAUUGAAGUGAUAACCCGUUCCCGAUCGUAACAUAUUUACAUGCAGCUUCCCGAUCUCAACUCGCCGCUAACAGCUUUCCGUUCGUCGUGCUGUGUUCUUUAUCACCCUUAAACCGGAAGGACAUGAUUUUGCGGUCGUAACGUGUGCAAACAACCGUGCGAAUGUGCUGUGAUUCUUUAAGUUCGCCCGUUCGCCCUAUAAUAUACCGCGGAUCGUAAGAUAGUGCACGUGCUAGUCAGCGCCCGCUGGAGACCGGAAGGAUGAACAGUCUAUCGCUGCGCCAUCGAUCGUACUAGUGCAUUACGCGUUCGAUAAUCGAUUUCACGCCCUUAUUUUUACUCAACGGAAGGUUGUGAAUCUAGUGCAACGAAACCGAACGACGGCAUCAUCAAGUCACGCCGACUGCAAAGCUGUCCUGCCGUGUGCCUCGCUACGAUUUUCCAAUGUUUGCUACCUCCGCUACGCUGGCGAUAGCGGACCGACGCACCAGCACGAUGGAACCGGUACGAACGGAUCAUUUGCUGGGCCUGAAGAAGCAAUGCAAGAUGGGCGCCGGAAUGGAGACUAUGGCGGCGAUCGCAACGAGCGGCAAGUUUAUGAUAUCGCACCUGCAGCCACACGAUCAACUGCCGCACCUACCGAAACCGGUAGAUCACUAUCCCCAGCAGCACCACCACCACGGAACAGGAGGACUUCACCACAUCAACGAGCCUGUCCACGCGUCCAACGCCACCCGUUACGGUCACAAUCUCCUACGCUACGACCCAGGUUCGAACCCUUCCUCGCAAACCGGGUACUACGCCGACUACUAUCACUCCUACCAUCAGCCGCUACCCGUACGACCAUACCGCGUGCCCGGAGCGCAACACGCCCGUUCGCUACAUGACCCAACCCCGACGACCCGGUCAGUAAGCGAGCGGCUCAACAACUACGACUACCGGACGGCCGAACGUAACCGGGUCGCUCUGUACGGGUACUCGACCGACCCGGACACCCGCGCGGUACGUGGCCCCGUUGGUGGUAUCCUGAAGAAUAACAUCAACACCACCGGGAACUACCACCAGCUGCCACAUCCAGCUGCGUCCCACAGACCGUAUCCACUGGCGUACGACCUGAAGCAGCAGUAUGAGCAGCGCAAUAACGCUCCGAACGACCCGUACCGUGCUUCCCACGGUGUCAAAAACACCAACAGCACCGUCGACCACGGCUACAACGUGAACUAUAGCUUAAACUUUACGAAAAAUCAGUACAACAUACUGAUCUCGCCACCGCUCCAUCCGGAUCUGGGGCCACGCGUUGCCGUACCACCGUACGAGGAACAUCCCACGAGCCGGGCCGAUAGCUCCCGCGCGAAGUACUACAAUCACCGCGAGCAACCGUACCCGAAGACGUCCAAUCAGGCGAAACAGAACGGUACCAAGCCGUCAGGAAGGCAGCAGCAGCAGCAGCAGCAGCAAAAGCAACCGAAGUCUAGCGAGCAACCGGGUGUGAUACUUUCCGAGAAGCAGUUGCUUGCCCAGCAGGAGGAACUGCUGGCCGGCAAGAUGCAGCGCGAGGAGAUCAUCAUCGAGCACAGCCAGCUGAUGGGUGGGGAUGGAACUGGUCCGGGUGCGACCAUACAUCCGGGUGGUCAGCUGCCGUACGAUCAGCCGCGCCGCGACGGCGCUGUUUCCGGUGUCGCGUCCAAGGGUUUAGGUGCGUUCAGCGUACUCACGCAGGGACAUCAUUUUACGCAGAUAAUUGCAGCACUAGCCGUUUCGCUGGGUCCGCUAGCGGCCGGGCUUGGAAAGGGUUACUCCAGUCCCGCCAUCGACAAUCUACAGGAGCUGCAGAACAUGAAGCGGGGCAACUACACGCACUUCUCCGUCAACGAUCAGCAAGUCAGCUGGAUUGCUAGCCUAUCGCUGCUGGGUGCGCUGUUCGGUGGCAUGUUCGGCGGGCUGGCGAUGCAGUAUGGCCGGAAGCGUGUCCUUACGCUAAUGUCGCUCCCGUUCUCCAUCUCCUGGAUCCUAACCAUGUUUGCGAAAUCCGUCGAAACGAUGUUUUUUACCGCGUUCGUUGGUGGAUUCUGCUGUGCGAUCGUGUCCACGGUAGCGCAGGUGUACGUCAGUGAGAUCGCAUCACCCGACAUCCGAGGGUUUCUGAGCGCGAUCCAGAAAAUAGCGGGACACUUCGGCAUGCUGAUAUCGUACCUGCUCGGUGCGUACCUGGACUGGCGGCAGCUGGCCAUGCUGAUCGCGAUGGCACCGAUAAUGCUCUUCAUAUCUGUGAUCUACAUACCGGAAACACCGAGCUUCCUAGUGUUAAGAGGAUGCGACGACGAAGCACACCGCUCACUGCAAUGGUUACGCGGGCCGCACAAAAACGUAGAGCUCGAGCUGGACACGAUCCGCUCGAACGUGCGUACGACGCGAAUGAAUCUGCUGAACAGGAUCAACACCUCCAGCACGGCGAACGGUGCGGUAGGGACCGGCGUGACGAUAGACGGUGCCACAGGACAAUCGAUCCCGCUCGGGGAUCAUCGCCGAGGGCUUCGGUACUACAUCGAAAUGAUCUCCUUCGAGGCGAUCGUUUCGAACGUCAAGUCGGUGCUCCGGAACGCCCGUCUAGUCAAACCAAUCCUCAUCACGUGCGGGUUGAUGAUCUUCCAACGCUUUACUGGUGCCAGCUCGUUCAACUUCUACGCCGUCACCAUCUUCCGCAAAACGUUCGCCGGUAUGAACCCGCACGGUGCGGCCAUUGCAGUUGGGUUCGUGCAGUUGCUAGCCUCGAUGCUUUCCGGACUACUGAUCGACACGGUCGGCCGCAUUCCGCUGCUGAUCGUGAGCAGUAUCUUCAUGUCGCUGGCGCUCGCCGGCUUCGGAUCCUGCGUGUACUACGGCGAAACGAGCAAGAUGCUUCUCGCCGAAGGUGGCGUCCUGUCGGACGUCAGCAUGGCGACGGGGCAGAACGACUGGAUACCGUUGCUCUGUGUGCUCGUGUUUACUGUGGCCUUCGCGUUGGGCAUAUCGCCCAUUUCCUGGCUGCUGGUCGGGGAACUGUUCCCGCUGGAGUACCGUGCGGUGGGCAGCUCGAUCGCCACCAGCUUCAGCUACUUCUGCGCCUUUCUCAGUGUCAAAACCUUCGUAGACUUCCAGAGCUUUCUGGGCCUGCACGGUACGUUUUGGCUGUACGCUUGCAUAUCCUGCGUCGGGCUGUUCUUCGUCAUUAUGGUCGUGCCGGAGACGAAGGGCCGCGACCUGGAGGAGAUGGAUCCGCGCUACGUGCGAACGUUGACGAUCAAUCGAUGAGACAUGGGUACCCACGUAGAGUAUUUAGUAUAGUAUUUAAGGGACCGCUUCCUUUCCCAUCUGCGCCGGAUGGUCGAGAGGGCCCGUACCUGGACGCUGGAGGUUUGUGCUCGCGAAAGCAAUUCCGACUGUAGACUGUUCCUCUAUCUGUGCGCUACACGCGACUGUAUAGCCUAAAUUGUAUAGUUCGGACUGAUAGAAGGAGAGGGAGAGCGCACAAGUAUUAGCAGCACCAAUCGCAAUGAGGGCCAGUGUACGAUGGCACUGGCAGGAAGGGGACUCCCUCAAAACCCUUGAGCAUUUACUAGCAGAGCAUACGUAGAAACGUUGUGUUUCGGUUCUGUCUUUUUGCCUCAACACGCGUGUUUCGUUGUGCUUUUCAAGACCAACACCCACACGUUACUUAACUACUCGAAUUCUAUUUAAUGCAAGAGAAACAAAUCGAGCAAGUGUUCCUAAUAGAUUUUCGUUCGGCAUUCGUGGUCCACUGGAAAGUAGCGGUGUGGACCUUAGACGAAUGCUGCUCCAGUAGCGGAGAGCAGGAGGAAGCUAGCAACUAGACAAAUUCUAUCAACGAUCAAAAUAGUGAAACUCGUCCAGUCGAAGCUGUUAGUGGAAGUAGGCGUGUGACUAUCGUGGUCACGAAACACUGGUGUUCCCGGUCCCAGAGAAUCGUCUGAGUCCUGUAGCCGUUGUAGCGAAACCAGAGAGAGAGACAAUAAUUUAUAUCGUAGCAGCAACAACAGAGCAAACAACAGAGAAAUCAAUUAUAGUUAAAGAUUACUAUAGCGUAGGGUGGCAACGUGGGGAGUUUGAAACGAACGCAUGCGGCCCCCCAACUUAUAAAUAUAUACAGAUCUAUAUUAUACAUACUUAUAUAUACACAUACAUACACGGAAUCAAAACAAAACAAAACCAGACUGGCCAGUCGCGCCAGCUCGCAAGAAGUAUUUUUAAACCUCUAGAGAGAAAAAAUAAGCGGAAGAAGAGCAACAAGGAACAAUAACUUAUACAGAAGGGACGACGACGUAUCGGCGCUUACUUAUAAUCGACAUUGCUUUGACGUGUUUGCAGCGUGUACUACACUAGACAAUGCCUAGAUGAGGAUAAGGUGGCAAGGGUGUUAGCAGAGUUAGAAAGAGGAACCUUUCGAAGAGGCGGUUUAUAUCCCUGUUCGCUUCGAUAUCCUUCAGCCGCGCGUACUUAAGUGGGCGCCAUUGAAUACCGGCCAAGCCGUGUAAGAUUUUAUAAAAUCGACAUAUCUUCCAACGUUAGCAAAGCAAGCAAAGAGGACAAAAGGGGAUUGGUGAAGGAGACGGUACAGUCCGCCUAAAAGUAUGCAAUGACUGUAUGACAAGAUUGGAACUGCUUUAGCAAAUGGCCAAUCGAGAGCGUUUGCAUGGAGCAAUCGUACAGGGAUGGUCGUUGUGUUAAGCACAUCCCAUGCAACGUUUGUUUUCUUUACUCUGUCCCUUUACUCGUCAAAUUAGUGACCUCGGUUGCACUUUUCCCAUAAGAGUUAACCUACCUAUUUCCGAAUCUACCCUAUCUACCUGAUGUCGACAGUUACACACAAAUACAUACACCGUUACGUAUCAGUUCGGUAGCGUCCGUCUCAAGCGACCAGUACACGAGAGAACUAUAUCAAUUUUUCACUUAGUACAAAACUUGUUAUAUCAGUGAAUGGUGAUCGAGAAAGUUUACUAAAAGCAAUUUGAGUUUUGAGAUGUUCCCAAUAUCAAUUAUAAGGCGAGAGAGAUAGUGAAGAAAAUCGACCAAAAAGCACAGAAAAAUAAUCUCCCGAAAAAAGCAACACUAUAUCGAUUAACUAAAGGACGAACCUCCUUUACUCGAGUUUCGCUAGCAGCCUGUUAAAGCUUCCUGUUCAAAAUGUUGCCCUCUAACUACUACUCGAAAACCUCCCUCCCCCCCCCCCUCGUCGUUUAUUUGCAUUUCUAACAAUUAACACAACACAUUUUAAUAGUAACAACGUAAGCAAAAAUCAGCAUACAUCGAUCGAGACAAAAACAAAAGCCAAACGCGGGCUACGCGCGGUGGGACGAGUCAUGACAAUAAACAAAAUGAUUUCAAAAAUCAAACCAAGUGUUCAGUGCGUGCAAAUCAAGUGUACGACAAAAAGAAAGCCCUAGCAGAAGUAGCAGCAGUAAAAAUGAAAUGUAUCACUACAGUCUACAACUAAUGUAAAACGCUUACAGCUACUGAUGUACCGCUCCUAGUAGUUGUUUUUGUCUUUGUGUGUGUACGGGGGCAGCCAUAAACGCCAGCCGGAUGGACUGUACAGUACGCGAAUCCAUCGAUCGAAUUCUUCGGUAGUGGUAGCACGUAUCUUGAAUAGCUUUCAGUCGUACGCCCCAGUUCAACUCUUUUUUCUCUCAAUUUUAAUCGAAAAACAAAACCACAAUAAUGGCCCGAGGCAAAUAAUUGGAAGUAGAGUAGAGGGUGGUGCCGAACCGUCAAUAUUUACAAUUCGUACGGUAAAGCAACCCGCUUCAUUAGCAACACGUUACCAAGUAACGGUGUUAAACGUGAAACGAUUAAGGCAGCAGCCAGUCAGCUUGUGGGCUAAGCUUGCUUAUAAAGCACACACUGUAAGCCGCUCGCAUGCUUCAACGACAUACGACCGCGAUAGAGAAUUUUCGAUUCCGCUCUUUGCAGUAGCUUCACCGUGUUUGCUUUACGUUGUGCUGAAUGUACAUGGCAAAACAUAGCCGUUGGUAGCCAGGUAGUGUCCGUACCGUACUUAAGUUUCUGGCCUAAGGAAUAGACUAGGAAAGGCUAGCUCAUUUCACCCAUUACUUCAUCAAUUGUAUUAAAAGCGUGGUUCAUUUGUGGCAAUCGUACCGGGAUGCAAUAAUAGUAUCUGUAUAUUGUUUUACUCUUAAGUUUAGUUUUUAACCGUUUCGUGAGAUGAAAUAAUGAAAAAAUUAUGUUUUACAAACUAAAACUUUCGCUUUUGUUUAAUUUUUUUAUUGUGUUUCGUAUACUUUUUUAUAUCCGAUUUUAUAUUAUUUUUCCUUUAUUUUUUAUCAGCUUUACAUGUUGCUGCUUGUUGGCGUACAAAAACGAUUCGUCGAUGGAAAGAAAGAAGAAAGAAACAGCAUUUAAAAAUCCCGCGCAAGAAAAAAAAAACAAAAUGGAGCAUGUGUGCAAAAUUCUAAAGCGAAAACCAUUAUACAAUAAUUAAAGCCGUGUUGGUUCGAAAAACAAGAGUAACAAGUUUAUAAAGAUAGUGACAGCAAAGAGCAAAAAAAUACUUAAACAAAAACAUGGAAUAGGAUUUUUCUUCUAGCGUAGUGCGCCGAUCAUGAUAGACACUAGAUCAAUUUUUUGUACAACGACGAACAAAAAAAAGAAGUAAAACAUAUAAAACGUUUAAGUAAAUCAACACAAUUGCUGUGUGGAGUGGAAACAAAAGAAGCAAAAAAACAAACAAAACAUCAAAAGAGAAACACAGAAAAAUAAAACAAUCUUUAAGAAAUCACAAAUAGCAAGUCAAUAACAAAACAAAAGAAGGAAAAACACAAACACACACACACAGAAUACCGAAACUCCAAGAAAGUAGCUUUAAAUGUGACAAUAAAAAAUGAUAGUUGUUUAAUACUUAGUAUCGCAUUUAACACAAAAAAGAAGAGAGAGAGAAAGAGAAAAAACCCGCAAAAUGGCCAACAGCAAGCAAAUUACAGUUCACGAAUCAAUCAUCAUCAGUAAGAGCAACAACAAGAAGAAAAAAAACAAGUAGGAAAACAAACAGCCAAACGAAAAGCGUUAAUUAAGAGAAGAGAAAACAAAUAAAACUUAUUAUGAUAGGAAAAUUUAAUUAAAAAGAAAGAUAACUAAUGACAAUACACAAAAAACGAAGGAAGUAAGAGUAAAGUAUAAAAUUGUAGUAAAAAAAGAAAAAGGUUCCAAUCGGACUCGUAUCGAUCGUUUCUAAACAUUCGAUAGUGGAGGCGAACGUCGGUGAUAAUCUGUUGAUUGGUUUUACUUCCCUCACUAACUAACACACGAGCUAUAAUAAAUAUAUACACAUAUAUGGAUAGGUUUAUUCUUCCCCAUACUGUUGUUCGUUACAGAUUGUAUACAGAGUCGGAUCGUUUCAAAAACUUUAACAAAAGAAAGAAAAAAACUUUGCCAAGCAUCGUUCGCAUCGUUCUUCUUCAAGGCGGAGAAGAGUCCAUUAUUAACGAUAUUGUUAUGUGAAUGCUACAGUUUAAAUGUUAAAAACCCCGCUCUCUCUCUCUUAAGCUCAAUUUAAUUCCUCUUCUAAAGAGACUUUGCCGAAUAAAAGCCGAACAAAGCAAAAACAUAGCUAAAACAGUGUUCAAAACAAUGCCGCGUUUAUAGCGAAAAAGGUGAAAGAUGUGCGAAAAAGAAAAAAGAAGAGAUAAAAGUCGAUUUAUUAUAGCAAAAACUUGAA